AUGCAGACGUUAUGGGCUGCUAAACGUCGUACUCUACAACUAGCCGAAUGGACGAAACAAUAUGGCAAAAUUUAUGGUAUUUUCGAAGGCACCAGACCGGCAUAUGUUGUUUCGGACGUUGAUUUUUUACAAGAAGUGUUUGUCAAACAAUUUUCAAAUUUUCAUAGCCGAAGACAAACGAUUUUCGUAAAGGUGAACAAAGCACGCGUUAGUUUGUUCACCGCUACAGGUCAACAAUGGAAACGGCAGCGAACUGUGAUUAAUUCCACAUUUUCUACCAAAAAAGUGAAAGAAAUGUCUCCAUUGAUAAAUGACUGUGUGACUGAAUUGAUGAAAAAACUAGAAAAUUACAGUGUUAGUCAGAAAGAAUUUAAUAUAUACGAUUUAUACAAACGAAUGAGUAUGGACGUUAUUUGUCGAUGCGCUUUUGGGCUAGAUACAGACAUGCAGAAUGACCCUGACAACUUGUAUUUACAAAAAUGUUCCCAGCUAUUUGCCCCUGGUGUUCGAAGACAAUUAUUAGCGAAAUUGAACGUGUUAUUUCCCUUUUUUGGCCCACUUUUCUCCAAUUUACUGUUAUUACAAAGUAAUAUUCAAGAAAAGUUAAAUCUGUUAUUGCCAUCAUCAAUGAGUAAGUUCGAAGAAUUACCAAACGUGUGGAUAAUGGAUCGAGUUGGUGAAGUAAUUGCAAAAAGAUCAGAUGCGGCUAAACACAGAGUCGAUCUGCUACAAUUAAUGUUGGAAGCUCUGAGUCACGAAAAAAUACAGGAUUCACUAGGCGAUGAACAAUCUAUUCCAAAAAAGUUAAUGUGCGAUGAAAUAACAGGGGACUGA